CUCAGUGCGUCGAGCGGAGAUGGAAGGAGCGCAGCCGGACACCGAGCGCCUGUAGACCGGAGAGAGGAGCAGCAGCUGAGCCGGCUCCGGGCCAGAGCCCGGGACUGGGACGGGACCCGCUGAGAGAGCCCGGCGCCAUGGAGCCAGUCCUGCAUUGAGCCUCUCCUCGGUGGGUUGGCAUGGCCCAGUGAUGAACGGAGCGGCGGUGCCCGGUAGCCCGGAGCUCUCCUCCUCGUGCCCGCUGCCUGACUGGCGAGAGUUCUGCGAGCUCCAUGCCCGAGCCUCCGCUGCAGACUUCGCUGACAAGUUCCAGCGCUUCCUGUCGGAGAACCCGUGCUACGACUCGCCCGGCGCCGAUGCCAGCUUCUCGCAGCACUUCGCCCAUCACUUCCUGGAGUGCUUCUCGGCGGCGCUGACCCAGGCCCGGGAAAACCAGGCGUCGUCGCCCGGGGAGGACGGCUCCGCUGCGGCGCCCAAGUACAGCAUCGUUCCUUUCCUGGGGAUCCAGGGUUGCCCGCUGUCCUACGGCCACGACUUCUACCAGAGACGCAAGGACGCCGGGGCUUCCAGCGAGUCCUUGGACAGCAUGGACAGCGGAGGGGGCGGGAUAGAUGGGGGAGGCAGCGGCGCGACUACCGCCAGGGGCCCCCAGGCGGCCCACAAGGUGCCGGCUCUCGGACAGUCCCGCAGCUCGGAGGACGUGUCCGUCAGCCACCCGAAGGCGCGCUUCAAGAAGGGCUUCUCUCUGAGGAACAUGAGCCUGUGCGUGGUGGACGGCGUGAAGGAGAUGUGGCAUCGGCGGGCCUCCCCCGAACCCGACGCUCCCUCCGGGGCCAGAAAGACCAACGGGGGAGUCGGAGGGGCGGGGGGAGGGGGAGCGGCGGCGGGAGGCGAGGCGGCAGCGGGGGAGAAGUGGUCCCAGAAGCUGCGGCUUCCCAGGGGCUCCCAGGGCCACAAGGCCGAGCUGCUGGAGAUCCAGAGGGAGGGGGCGCUGCGCUACAUGGUGGCCGACGACACAAACUGUAUGGGAGCAGCUCAGUGGCAGAAGUGCCGCCUCCUGCUGAGGAAGACCAAGAGGGACGAAGGAGGGGAGAGAUUCCUGCUGGAGUUCUACGUACCACCCAAGUCCUCCAAGCCCAAAGUGAGCAUCCCUCUGUCGGCCAUCGUGGAGGUGAGGACCACCAUGCCGCUGGAGAUGCCUGACAAGGACAACACGUUCGUCCUUAAGGUAGAAAACGGCGGCGAAUACAUCCUGGAAACCAUCGACUCCCUGCAGAAAAACUCGUGGGUCGCCGACAUCCAGGACUGCAUAGACCCGGGGGACAGCGGCGACGACAUCGAGCUGGCGUCGUGUCCCCACGGCCAGGCCUCCAAGGACUGCUCCAUGGUGGCCUCCUGCAGCUGCGAGCUGCUUUCUGAGGGAGUGUAUCGCGCUCCGGAGAGGUCGUGUGCCGCGGCGGCGGAGCAUUACAGCGCCCCCUCGGUUCGAUGCAGGGAACCUCCGUUCACCCAGCACCCGUCCCACAUGCCUUUAGAGCGCUUCCUCCAGUCCCCAGAGGCCCAGGGCUCCGGCUCCUCCACAGGUGGUGGUGAAGGAGCGAAAGAGUCAGACGGAGAUGCCAGCCUGGCGGGUUACCCGUGGUUCCACGGGACGCUGUCUCGUGUGCGUGCAGCUCAGCUGGUGCUUGCCGGCGGGGCGAGGAGCCACGGGCUCUUUGUGAUCCGCCAGAGCGAGACGAGGCCCGGCGAGUACGUCCUCACCUUCAACUUCCAGGGCAAAGCCAAGCACUUGCGUCUGUCAGUGAACGAGAACGGGCAGUGCCACGUCCACCACCUGUGGUUCCACACCGUGUCGGACAUGCUGAGACACUUCCACGCCCACCCGAUCCCCCUCGAAUCCGGAGGCUCGGCUGACAUCACGUUACGCUCCUAUGUGCAAGUGCAGCGAAGCUCCGCCGCAGGGAUGCCUUUCUCACCGCAACGCUCUGCAGAUGUGGCUUCGCCUCCGGUCGUCACUCCGCCCAGGGAUGCAGGGUGCCGGACAGACUCGGCCCAGCCAGCCUUUCACCCUCCCGGGACGGCGGCACCUGCUGCGGGGCCUCCCUCUGAAGCCCUGCUUUCCUCCAGCACCUCCUCCUCGCCCACCACGCUCCCCUCCCUCUCCCGCAGCGACCCGGGGACCGGAGGGGGCGUGGGAGGAGGCCUGCAGAGCCGGAGCAACAGCUCCGAGCGCCUGCUGGAGGCCUCUAGUGGUGCAUCCGAGGACUACCACGAUGCCGAUGGGACUCGCAGAGCACGAGCGGUGGAGAAUCAGUACUCUUUCUACUAAAUAACCCAGGGCAAAGGUCCGCCGCGUCCUCUGAUUGGAACAGAGAGUUAGAGCUCUGCCGAUGUUCGGAACGGUCCAAAUCACUGGAUCACACAUCGCUUCAUUUGUUUGUUUUCCUUUUGAGGUAAUUUUCUGUUCCUUGGUGUUGAUAGGAGGGGGCAGAAGUGGCUGAUCGGCGUCGAUCCUUUACCCUUUAUGGCCACGUUUCAGUUAAACACAAAGGCAGGAGACUGCAGGUAGGAAGGGGGUCUGAAGAUGUGGAAAAUGCAGCAGUGAGCGUCGGCGUGGGCUGAGAAAGCAGGAGGAAGUCGUUGAGAGGAGUCAUAUGGCUUUGAUUCACCUCCUUUGACCGCUUCCUGUUCACCCUUACCCACAGUUCCCUCACAGCAGAGUGUGUGUCACCACCCUGCUGAAGGAUUUAGAGCUGGAAACCACCCCUCCCUCCCGGGUUCCUCAGAGCAUCCCCUAAAUGUUUGUAAAGCUGCUUCAAGCCCGUCCCGGAUAUCCUCACCGUCCCUGUAGGUUUUUUUCCUCCCUCUAAACGUCCUCUGCUAAACACUCACACGAGUACAGUGAUCAUGAGUGUGUUAGUGUGAGCUCGGACAUGCUUUUCCUCCACAUGUACAGCCUGAAGGGCUAUUCAUGCUGCAUAAAGGUGAUUACAGUUUCUCUCUGUCACUCUGACUCCUUUCUCAAACGAGACUUAGCUUUUCUAAAAAGGUUUAGAAUUUUGAUUUUAUGGCUGUAGAAUUUUGAAAAAAAAGAAAAAAAAACUGCUGUGGGUCAAUGCUUCUAAAGGCUUUUCCCAAGAUAAAUUAGACUUCUGAGAUUUGGUCGUUAAUUACUUCUACUGUGUUUUUUUUUUAGUUUUUACUGAUACCAGGAAACUCAUGUUACUGAUUCGUGACAUGAUGGUGAAUUUUGUCUGUGAUUGGACAGUCCAAUUCAUUUCAGUGACAUUUCAUUUAUUGCACAAAUAACAAUUAAGCCCUCUCAAGGCGCUUUAAUAGUGAAAAACCCAAAUAGUCCACAUGAGCGAGCACUGGAAAAAAGGCCGAAGCAGCAAGAAGGAAAAACCUGCAGAACCAGGCUCAGAGGUGGCAGCACCUGUCCUACUGCUCCAAAGACAGACGGAAAGAAAGUAAAAGACAGAGACAGAGAACACUAACAGGUUGACACCAGACAGCAAGCUGAUCCACUCUGCAGGCCUGAUGGGGGGCGCGAGGCUCAGAUCACAAACUUCAAGCUCCGCUGUCAGAGAGAGAGAGGGGGAGAGAGAGAGAGCUGUCUAAACCCUGAGCGGCAAGACCAGGAAAUAGUCCUGAACCAGCCCCAGCUGGAAGCUUCACUAAACAGAAAGACUGUGUCAGUUUCCCUAACUGACACUGGGAGCUGCUUCUGGUAGUUUUUGAGAUUUUCACAUGAUCUGCCGUCGUCUUGCAGCUUAUGGGUUAUGGGGAUGGAUCGCUUUGCAUGUGGCGGCUCAAAUAAUGAAGCAGCGAUUAGAAACAGCGUUGUCUGGGAGUCACUCCUCGGUUUUGUCGCCAAACCAUAUUAAACCUUUGAUUUUGCAAAUGGCUGAGAAUCUUAUCAACUUUUUUUUGUAUAUGAAUUUGUGAGAAAUGAUGAAUGCUGUGUCAUCACCAAUCAGCUGUUCUUUUUUUAUUUUAAUUUUUAGUAAAACUUUAUUCUCAAUUGAGAAAUGAGUCAUAACAAAUGAGAAAAACUGUAAUUUAUGGUCAGUUUCUGCUUAAAACAUGUCAGACAUGCAUUUUUCUGCAUAUGGAAAUGUUUUUUCUCCUCAUGAUUUAAAUGAGGGCUGAAAAACACGUGCGCACGCACACUUGCGCGCGCGCACACACACACACACACACACACACACACACACACACACACACACACACACACACAGAGUCAAAUGUGCUACAAGUCAGUUUUAAAACGGUGAAACAGAGGAUGAACACCACGAAUACAGAUGUGAACAGGGUGGAAUAGGGAAUGGGACGGCUCCUGUUGCCACGUCCCACAGGGUUGUUUUUAUGAGUGUGUGACGGUGUAUUAGGAUCCAGAUAUUUUUUAAAUGAUCCGUGUGCUACAGUAGUGUUUCUGAAACAUGGUUUUCAGGUCCCUCCAUCUGGUGAAGGUUCUGUAUUCAUGCUCCUCAUAUGGAUAACCUGUAGAUUAUAUAUAUGCUGUUACAAUAGAUCAAUUUAAAGUAAUGCCUUGACGAUAUUAGAAAACCAAAUCCAGCGUUUAUCGGAGGGACCUUGGGACAUGUUGUUUAUUAAUUUUGAACGGUGGCAGCGUUGUGUGCUGUUUACACAUCCUGCAGGUGAUCUUGUGAGAGCAAACUGCAACGGUUUGUUAAACGAAGGCUACUGAGGCGGCCAUGCUUGACUGGACACAUGAAACCUUGCUGCUAAAGUGUUUUGUUAUUUUAAAAGAAAGUAAUUUUUUUUUCUCUCGCUUCUCAAAAAGGUUACUGUACAUAUUCAUUCCUUAACAUACACAGUUUAGAUAAUACAUCUUCACAUUAAAGAAAUAGGAUAUUUUGGGAAUGCUUAUUAAUUUUCUUGUUAAGAAAAUAGUUGUUUAAUAUAAGGCACUAUGUGGAAAACGCUGCAUUUUUCUAAUGAAAUUUUUGGUUUUUAACUAUUUUUGCCACAAAAACUAACUAGAAAACAAUGGAAAGGUUUAUUUACUUGUGACUUAUCCAGUGAAACUUCAAUUUAUUUUUGAUUCAGUAUUAGUAACAGCUUGAAACUUUAACUUCAUUUGAUAUGAAUGGACAAAUAACUGAUGAUACAAUUCAUUUUUAAAUAAAGCUCUUACCUAAGCUGGACCUCUGCAGUAUUUCGUGGGUGAUUUUGUCGGGUUGUGCCCAUUCAGUAAUCUCUCUUCAUCUGUCAUUUCCAAAGGUUGAACUUUUCAAGUCAGAACGCAUGAAAUGUGACAAAUUUCCCCAAAAUUGCACACAUAAAAUCUAAAAUGCACGCAGUCCUUUUUUUUUUUGGAGCGAACAUAUCAAAAGUGGUCGUUUGUCUUUUCAAGCAUGGCCGUGUAGCUUGAAGGGUGUCUUAGGGUCGAGGAGUGAUGGAGCAGCUCAUGUGCCAAUUUGAAUCCUAUUUUUUAAAGCAUAUUUAUUCCAGUAUGUAAAUUGCAUUUUAUUUCCUUUUGAGUCUUAUUUAUGUACAUUUCACUGAUUCUUCUUGAUGAAAAAUCCACAACGGAAUUUCAUCUCUUGCAAGAACCCCAUCACACAUAUCACAGAUCACUCACGUCUCCCCUUUUUAUUUUCUUAACACUUAUUGGAGCUGAUUUUUCUGUUGUUCGACUGAGUUUUGAAGAGUCUGUGCAAUUUUGUACAAAGUGAUGUACUUGACAUACUACUUUAUAUUUCUGUGAAUAAAAUGUGAACAAACUAU